GCAGCGGUCUGCUCGUCCCAGUCACGUGACAACACUUCACCACGCCUGCGCAAACAAAUACAAGAUGGCGGAGAGUGCGGAACUGAAGCAAAUGGUGAUGAGCCUACGGGUGUCUGAGCUGCAGGUGCUUCUUGGCUACGCUGGGCGCAACAAGCAUGGACGCAAACACGAGCUGUUGACAAAGGCGCUGCACCUGCUGAAGGCUGGCUGCAGCCCCGCCGUGCACAUGAAGGUCAAAGAGCUCUACCGACGACGGUUUCCCGCCAAAAUGAUUUCCCACUCAGAGCUGGCCAUGCCUGGGUCACACCACCCGGCCUCAGCUGGAGUGGUCGGAGGAGGCGGUGCUGCACUUCCCGCUGGCCUGACGCAGCUGGCGUAUGAGGGUCACGGAGGUCAUGGUGGAGCUCCAUCACCUGCAGCCUUACUGCCUCUCUCGCUGCUUGGACCAGGGAAACACGAGCUGACCGGGCUGACGCACCACCUGUCCAACUCAGCCACGCUGCACCCCGUCCACCCCGAUGUCAAACUGCAGAGGCUGCCCUUCUAUGACAUGCUGGACGAGCUCAUCAAGCCCACUAGUCUAGCAUCAGACAACAGCCAGAGAUUUCAGGAGACAUGUUUCGCCUUUGCAUUAACGCCACAGCAAGUCCAGCAGAUCAGCAGCUCAAUGGACAUCUCGGGGAACAAAUGUGACUUCUCAGUUCAAGUCCAGUUGCGGUUCUGCCUCUCAGAGACGAGCUGUCCGCAGGAAGACCAUUUUCCACCCAAUCUGUGCGUGAAAGUCAACGGGAAGCCAUGUAACCUGCCGGGUUAUCUUCCUCCAACCAAAAAUGGCGUCGAGCCCAAGAGGCCUAGUCGGCCCAUCAACAUUACCUCACUGGUCAGAUUAUCCACCACAGUUCCUAAUACUAUUGUGGUGUCGUGGACAGCUGAGAUUGGAAGGAGUUACUCCAUGGCAGUGUACCUGGUGAAGCAGCAGUCCUCCACAGUUCUCUUACAGAGACUACGGGCGAAAGGCAUCAGAAACCCAGACCACUCCAGAGCUCUCAUCAAAGAGAAACUGACAGCAGACCCAGACAGUGAAAUAGCCACGACCAGCCUUCGGGUGUCGCUGCUCUGCCCGCUGGGGAAGAUGCGGCUGAUGAUCCCGUGCCGAGCGCUGACAUGCUCCCACCUGCAGUGCUUUGACGCCACACUCUACAUCCAGAUGAACGAGAAGAAGCCCACCUGGGUGUGUCCUGUUUGUGACAAAAAGGCCCCCUACGAGCACCUCAUCAUCGACGGGCUUUUCGUGGAGAUCCUGAACAGCUGCAUGGACUGUGAUGAGAUCCAGUUUAAGGAGGAUGGCAGCUGGGCCCCCAUGAGGUCUAAGAAGGAAGUGCAGGAGGUCUCGUCUGCGUCCUACAACAACGGGCUGGAUGGUUCAUGUCGGACGUCCGCAGGCUCGGAUCAGCGGACCACCUCGUCGUCCAGCAACGGCGACAGCAGCAACAGCAAAAAAGUGGAGGUGAUUGACUUGACACUUGAUAGCUCCUCGGAAGAUGAAGGACAAGAUUCACCGCCCCCGCCGCCUCCUCCACUCCCUCCUCCUCCCAAAAGAGUGUGUCCGUCUUUGUCCCCGACCUCGCCGCCUAUCAUCAACAAAGGAGUACUGAACCUGCAUCACCAGCCUUCUCCUGUGAGUCGAACUCCCAGCAUGCCAGCUGUGGACACCAGCUACAUCCCUCCUGUCCCUCCUCUUAUACAGGACUACAGACCGUACUACCACGCCCCCAACGAGCUGUCAGAGUUGAACUUCUUCUCUUUUCUCCAAGGCGACAAUCAUCAGCAUUACAACAUGGUGAUGGCAGCAGCGGCCGCAGCUUCAGCCUCAGACGACCACGAGCUGCUUCUCAACCGCUUCCUUCCCUACAGCACCUCUUCCUCCUCCUCUUCCUCCCAGCUGUUUCUCGACCAAUCGGGAGCCUCUUCGGCCAACUCGCUGACGGGCCCCACCAACGGGGCGAGCAACUCUGGCAGCAGCAGCAGCCUGGUCUCAUCCAGCAGCCUGCGCGACUCUCACUCCACGCACUCUUCCUCACACUCAGGCUCACACUCCUCGCACACGCACCCCGGGGUGGUGGCCAGCCGGAGCAGCACUGAGGCGGCAGUGGCAGCUAUUUACGGUGGCAUACCUGACGUAAUAUCGUUGGACUGACUCGAGGAGGGCCGGGACUACAAUUGUGGUCCAACCAUGAUCUGGUAACAAACGUGGUGGAGUUUUGAUCCAGGAAUUAGACCGGCCCCAGGUCAUGAAACUCAUGUGACGAGUCAUUCUAAGGAGCACUAAUGUGAGUGUCUAACAGUGCUGAGGGUCCCUUCAUUUGACCUGAGAGCAGCAGAGACUCAGCUCUUACAGGGGUCAGCUGUGGACGGUGUGUUGAUGAACUGACUUCAGAUCAGAAGAAACCUGUGCAGGACGUUUUGCUGUACUGAUACUGACCGGCACAAACAGCCGGGAUGAUACCCAAGCAAAAACACAAAGGAGGACGGCUCUUUUCUACGAAAAACGAGUGGCACCGUGUACAGAGAACAAAGUAUAUUUUCCUCUUUUACUUUUGUAUGUUAAAUCAGAACAUUUUCAGUCCAGUGAGCUGCUUCAAUCGCUUUUUCAAGAGGAAGACUGAGGUCCCCCCAAUCCCCAGAAGCUUAUACAUAUGCCUGUUGCCAUGUGUUUAUCUUUCUUCUAUUUUUAGCUUUAUCCCGCUUAUAUUUUUCAUUUCUUCAAUACACACUUCAUCUCUCUCUCUCUCUCUCUCUCUCUCUCUCUCUCUCUCUCUCUCUCUCUCUCUGUCUCUCUCACUCUUGAUCUCUCUGUAGCUCAUUUUUAAAUUAACGAUUAUUUCCCUCUGCUAUGACAAGAACUUUUCAAACACUGAAUUUACAGUCAAUUCAUGUACUAAUAAUUUUAUUCUGCUUUUAAGUUAUGUGUACUAUUUAAACAUUUACAAAUAUCUCUAUAUAUAAAGUAUGCAUUCCCUCUGACCUUCAGGUUGAUGCUGUGGGGAGUGUGUAGGUGUUUUUUUAAACGUUCUCUCCUGACUCCCCUCUUCAUACAGAGACUCUGCAGGCGUACAGCAUUUAGAAAAGGAGACUUUUAGACGAUUUUUACUCGCCAUUUAAGAGUUUUAAGCUGAAAGAGUUCCUGUCUUUUUCUUUGCACAAUGCCAAAAACGACUUGCGGUACUAUUUGAUGGUCAUAGUAAUGAAAGGUGAGACUGUGUGCCAGUGUUUGAAGUCCAGUGUCCACCUCUAUGUUUUCAGCUGGUGGAUUUCUCUGACACUUCAACGUAUGUGUCCUUUUGUCUCUUGUCCUCAGUGUCUAUGUUUUGUGCUUGACUGUUAAAAGGAGUUACAGUGAAAGUCAAGCUGUUGUAGCAGCGUUGGGCCUUUUUUAAACUUUUCAAGAAACAGGCGAUUUUGACAUGUGACCAAGUUUAUACCAGUGCCUGUUUGUGUGCAUGCUUCACAGCGUGUCUGGGAUGACGUUUUUAGACUCAAAGACUGUCUUAAACAGGAAAAAACAACAUUCGUUUGCAAAAAGUGAUACCUAUGGUGGUCUUGAUAUUAUCUUUGGGAGUUUUCCCUGCUUGUGAAAAAGUAAAGAGGAGUGAAAGCAGACAGUUAAGUGCCACAGAGCAAGAAGGAGAUCUUAACUUGCCAAGUCAGCCGGAGCACAAAGCCAGCUAGUUAAAAAGUGCAUGACCUGUCUGUAACUUGGUGAUAUGGAAGUGUCAAAGCAGGGUGGAGGUUACCUCAGAAAACCUUGUUGUCGCCAUUCAGCUGGAAAGGCAGAGUUUGCUCAUGAAUGUAUUGUUGGGCACACUUAUGAUCUUUGUUUCCUUUAAGUUGUGCUCGAGAUAUCACUGAAGUCUGCUCACAUUAUGGGUAACAUACAAUAGACCUGGUCCCCCCCAUAUCCUACACCUUGUGUGUCCUUGAAGCUUCCCCAGAAUCCCCUUUUAUCUGCCUCCUCUGGAUGUUGGACUUUCAGACGCCCGGAGACUGGCAGCUCACUUCAAAGCCUCAUUAUCCUCAGCAUGACGAGAUAAUCACUUCAGACAGAAACCUCCAUCACCAGACAUCUCCUCUCCACUCCUCCUCAAACCAACUGGCAGAAUUAACCUCACCCUACCCUCCCUCCUUCCCUCUUUCCCUCCUUCUCUCCUUUCCUCUGUCUUAGCCUCUUAAAGUUUAUUCCAUUCCCUGUUGGAGCUUCUGCCUCGCAGACCGAUGGCCGGAACAAACUUUGUGUAUACCCUGUGUUGUGCGGUAUUUUAUUUUAUUUAUUUUGUAUUCUUAUUUCUAUAUAUUAUAUUUUUACAUAUUGUUUGUUUUCCAUGUGUGACUCACUGUCACCGGGAGCGUUUGUUUAUGUUGUAUUUAAUAUGUAUUUUAGGAUUCUUUGCUUGCAGCCAUUUCUCAAAAAGGUACUGGUUAGUUAUUUGUUGUGGAAACGGCUGCGUGUAUUUUAUUGGGAGAUGACGUGAGUGACAUUUAGUAACAAGGACACAAAGCAAAGACUUCACUUCAGUAUGCUUGAUGGUUAAUUCAUUUAUUUAUUCAGGAUGUUUGAUGGAUUCCUGUUGCUCCACAUUAAGAACUGAUCACGUCUCUGUGAGGCUCGGUGAUUAGUUAAUGCUUAAUGGAUCACUGAUUAACCAUAAAUCCACUUACUCUAAAUAUAACUCUGUAUGCCGUCACUAUGCUAGAAGCCAUUUACAUUUAAAAGUAGCAGAACUUGUUCUUGUGUCUUGUUGAAAUAUGAAGCUUUUUUAUGAGACAGAUGUCCUCUUAAGUAAUGUUAGAUUUUCUGAGUUAGCAGCAGCUUUGCUCUCGGCUCAGCAGUGUUCAUAAGUUGAUACUCUACUUUAACCCAGAAUGAAAUACUUCAACAUUAACAGGAGUUAGUUACUGAGGAGCAUGAUCCCCAGAGGAUGAUCCAGCUGAUGCAGAUGAUCUUGUGACUUUACUAAUAUUUAGUUAGUCCAAUCAUUUCUGUCUUAAUUCCUGCUAAACUAAUUGCAAUUCUGUCAGCCUCAACUGUACAUUGUGUUAAGUUCUCAUUAGCGAUUGUUAGACAUGUUUGCAUUUCCACCCACUCACUGUUUUACCGUCUGGUUCCUGCUGGAUGUCGCUGAUAGUGCUGCGUCAUUCUCAUCCUAGCUACACUCAUCCUCAUUAGUUGAUUAAAAGCAGAAAAUAAAUAUGUAAAGAACACAGUCAAGGAUCUGACAUGCUAGCUUAUAGAUGUGACAUGUAGAACAGUGAAGUAGGUUCUGUUCUGCUUUCAGAGGCUGAUUAAAAGCAUGAUUCAGACGUGUUCUUUUCAUUUGAUCUUGAUGCAAAGAAAUAGUGUUUUUGAGUUUUCCUGAUACCUUAACAGGAAAAGAAAAGUAUGAAGCUACACAAUCUAUGUGUUUUUAUUUACAUAAAACAAGAUUAUACUUUUCAUUACUGUAGUUUGAGUUAAAAACAAAGCAGAACAGACACAAGGCCGUUCUUCCUGCAGCUUUUAACUGGAUUACUGAAAUGUCAUUGCACAUGAAUGCAUGUAUGAAGUGUCUGAGAUGAUAUUCAUUAACAGGGAUCCAUUAAGCGUCAUGAUGAAUGAUAAUAUCUUAAUAGAGAGCAGCAGGAACUCUACACACGUGCUGAAUAAAUUAAACCGUCAUGACUUAUUCAUUAGGUUAACAUUGGUGAAGCGUGUGUGUUUGUACCUUUGUUAUGAAGUGUAACACUGGUUUCCUGUACUGAUGAAGAUUUUGAUCCGUCUGUUUCCCUCCAGUUAGUUUGAAUAUUGAUCAUCAGUAUUUGGAUACUUGAUGAAGCGGUCACAGUAGAUGAAUGCAUUUGAUCACAAGUUUAUUUAUUGAUCUAUCUUCCUUUCUUCAGCAGACUAAAAUGACACACAUGAAGUGGGAGAGCAGACCUGUUGAAUGUGUCGAUACAUACUGAAAUAACUCUCUUCUCACUCUCUGACUUGUUUCAUUACUUGGAGUGUCCACAGCUCCAUCCUGUGGAUCACUGUGAUAAGCUGAGGGAAAAGAGGUCAUUAUAGAGCAGAGCUGAGGGUUCUUUCUUUCACUUUCAAAAACAAAUUGACCUUCUUUCCUUGUUAGGAAACGCCAGGUUACAUGCAGGGAUUAACGUGUAUGUGCAGCAGCAGCUUACAGACUAAAGUGAAAGGAAUGAGGCCACUAUAAUCAGUAAAUCUUAGCAGUGAUUUCAGAAAAUCUCUGAAGACAAGCUUAAACAAAUAGACUAAGUGUUUGGUUCUCACUUUAGUUUAAAAGGGAAAAUCUACAAUGUGUACAUUAUGUCUGUAUCAAAACCUGAAGACUGAAAGUUCAGAUCCCAUCGUGGGUGUUUGAUGUCUGUUUGUAUGCUUUUUGUGUGACAGUUCAAGAGCGAGAGAAUAAAUUAAUUUAUAUAUUUUUUAGAAAAUGAAAGCUGUACUAUUAGAAAAAAAGGACUGUGGCCAAUAAAGAGUCUCACACAAUUGAAGUGAUCCACAAUUCAGACUCCUGCCGACAUCUGCACUCACUGCCUUAAAAACACUCACAGGUUCGGUGGCUCCAAAUCUGAGAAAAAUCAUCAAAAAGGCUUUUCAAGAGGGCAAGGAGAAGACGGUGUACAGUAGACCUUUGUCAGUUUGUACAAAUAUACCAAGUGAAAAAAAUAUUUAUUACAUGCAUUCGAAGAAUUACUUAUUGAAUGUUACCUGUUUAUGUAGAAAAGUUUAGAUGUAAUAAAAUGCAUUCUGUUA